UAACUGCCUAUGAUAUACCAUAUAUACCAUAUAAAGUCUCUAAAAAAAAAUAAAUUGUAUUUAAAACUAUCUUAAAUAUCCUUCAACUUGAAUGUUAUCUGCUGACUUUGCUGAAUAUACUCAUUUUAAACGAUAAAAAGUAAAACCUUUUCAACCAAUCCGACCCACUGUGCAAAGACAAAGUUCAAAAUCAAUUUUCCCUAAACCGAUUGGCGAUACCGAUUUUGUAAUCGUCCACGACGCCCGGGGAAAAUGUCUCGUCCGACCGCAACAUUAAACAUAUAUAUUCUAUAUGCUCUUGGCCCGAUGCAUACAUAACCCGAUCAUGUUCACGGUCACGUCGGAGAUCUACGGCGAGAACAAUUACCAGACGACCCGCGAUGACGGUAAAGUGGUGUCAAAAUUCCGUUUUAUCUAUCCGGAGGAGACGAGGCUGGCCAGGAUUACGACGGAUAAAGAUGGUGACCUUGAGGUGCCAAGGCCACGACGCGGUGUGAUCGAAUUGGAACAUUCCGAGGCAACGGAACUGCGUUUGGUGGGUUUGCAAGUGUGGCGUGGAGCCCUCCUCCUCGCAGAUUACCUAUUCUCCAAGAAAGAUGAGUUCUCUGGGAAAACCUUGAUGGAACUGGGUGCUGGUGUGGGACUAACAAGUAUUGCAGCUGGGAUACACAAUACCGGAAAGAUCUAUUGCACGGAUGUCGAUCUGGGUUGCAUACUAAAGCUGAUCCGCGGCAAUGUGGAAAGGAAUUCCAAACUUCUGAGUGGUAAAAUCUCAGUUCUGGAGUUUGAUUUCCUCGCACCAAAAGAGUCACAAUCACAGGAGCUCCUGGAGGCCAUAGACAACAGCGAUAUUGUCUUAGCUGCCGAUGUCAUCUAUUGUGAUACCCUAACCGAUGCCUUUGUCUCUGUGGUGGACAAUCUCCUAGAUCGUGGACGCCAAACUGGGAGACCCAAAACGAUAUAUAUGGCACUUGAGAAACGAUAUGUGUUCACCCUGGAGGAUUGUGAUUCUGUGGCUCCCAUGUACGAAUACCUCAUCCGGCAGACGAUCAAUAAGCCCUGGAAUAUGGAGCACCUGCCGCUGGAUUUCCCUCAGUAUUUCGAGUACGAUCGCUGCAAGCAACUGGUACUGAUCAAGAUAACCAGUCGUUAGAGAAUUUUAAAGACAAAAAAGACGUUCCGCUUUUUAGAUUCAAUUAAAACCUUAAUCUACCUUACUAAUUUACAGAAAUUAUGGCUUUGUUAUGUAAGGUUGAGAUAUUUUUUGAAUUAAACUAAUAACUUCUGAAAUUAUGA